GGCUGUGUUGUCUUUUCUUGAACCUCCAGAGAAAGCGCAGCGAUGGCCACCGACAUGCCUCCAGCUAUCCCUCAAGCGGAGCUUACCACCCCGAGCGUCAAGCCUCAAGAGCUCUCGUUCACAUUGCCCCGAGCUUUGCACACAACAGCACAUGUUCACUUGAACUUUAUGAACCACUGUGUUACAGUUUUCCUGGCUACAUCUACACCCGGUGACUCGGGUGGCUCUAUCAAGCCGAUGGGGAGCUUUGUCUACGCGAUGCCUGAUCGCACAUCACCCAAAUCAACAAUCUCAACUACACUCUACACAUCACCACCCAGUAUCGAAUACACAACUCGCAUAGCCAAAAUCCUGGCUAGACGGCUUUACAUGCCCGUCUACGUUGGUUGCAGCAUUGACCCGCAUUCCUUGGGCUUGGAAGUUCAGGAAGAGAUGGAGGGACUUACCAGCAUUGUUAAUGUGAUUAUGGCGAAGUGGGAAGAGCAUAAACAGGAGAAGGCUAGAAGUGCGAAAUAAAUGGAUUCGGAAUAUCACGAGAUCUCUCUUGUGGAAUUUGCAUUGUCUUUCUCACCUGGUUAAACUGCCACGCCCGGAAAACUUUUUAAUGAAGCAUACCACUUUUGGAGUUCCAUGUCAGCGCAGUGUCAAACAAUAUUCUAUAGCCUAUGAUCUCUGCCCUUGUGACUCAGGUCCUUGGUGAAACAUGGCCGUCACAUUGUUGUUAAUAAAUGCCUUAUGCCCAGCAUUAAAG